UACCAAAAAAAAGGAAAAAAACAGAGCAGCCGAAUUGGACCAGAGAUGGUUCUUAAAUCUUAAUGAACCGCCUCCGAUCAACUCGCCAGUAGCUGUUGCCGCAUACACGUGGGUCGCCGGAGUUGGUUCUUCUUCGUCCCGAUUUCAAUAAUUCCGAUCCCCAUCUACUCCUCCCUUUCUGGUUUCUCAUCAUCUUUAUUUGCCGGAAAAUUUUCUCCGAUCCAAGAUGGAAUCACCAAAUUCUCGAUCAUCUCAGAUCAUUGAUGUAAGUGUAGAUGUGCCUGGAGGAGUUUCAGGUUUGGAUGGUAACAAGAUAUGUGGUGGCACCACUUGUCGCUUGUCUGAUUCUAGAACAAGCUCCAAAGAUGCCAAAGAGAGAUCUGCUUCAAUGCGGAAGCUACUAAUAGCUGUUUUUCUUUGUGUCAUAUUCAUGAGUAUCGAAGUGGUUGGUGGCAUUAAAGCAAACAGUCUUGCAAUCUUAACUGAUGCAGCCCAUCUCCUUUCAGAUGUUGCAGCAUUUGCCAUCUCCUUAUUCUCCCUUUGGGCUUCAGGAUGGGAAGCCACCCCACGCCAGUCGUAUGGGUUUUUCCGAAUAGAGAUACUUGGAGCACUUGUUUCCAUCCAGCUUAUCUGGCUCUUAGCUGGGAUAUUAGUUUAUGAAGCCAUUGCAAGACUCAUCCAUAAAACUGGUGACGUGCAAGGUGUCUUGAUGUUUGCUGUCGCGGCAUUUGGUUUGGUGGUUAACAUUAUCAUGGCUGUCUUGCUGGGUCACGAUCAUGGUCAUGGUGGACAUGACCAUGGUCAUCACCAUGAUGACCACAGCCAUGACCAUGAACAUAAUGUGGAACAUGGUCACAGUCAUGGCAUUAGUGUUACAAAGCAUCAUUCAGGGAAUUCCAAACAUAAGGAAGAAUGUGAACCUCUGCUAGAGCAUGCUGAAAGUACCUCGAGCCAAAGUGCCUGCUUGAAAGAAACAAAAAAGAAGCAAAGGAACGUCAACGUCCAUAGUGCCUAUCUGCAUGUGCUUGGAGACUCCAUUCAGAGCAUAGGGGUGAUGAUUGGAGGUGCCAUCAUAUGGUACAAGCCUGCAUGGAAGGUAAUCGAUCUGGUUUGCACACUUGUUUUCUCUGUCAUCGUGUUAAUAACCACGAUCAAGAUGCUGAGGAACAUACUUGAGGUCCUCAUGGAGAGCACCCCAAGGGAGAUUGAUGCAACCAGGCUCGAGAAGGGCUUAUGUGAGUUGGAUAGUGUUGUCGCCAUCCAUGAGCUGCAUGUAUGGGCCAUCACAGUAGGGAAGGUUCUCCUGGCAUGCCAUGUGACAAUCACUCGAGAAGCAGAUGCUGAUACUGUGCUUGAUAAGGUGAUAGGAUAUAUCAAAAGGGAGUUCAAUAUUAGUCAUGUAACCAUUCAGAUAGAACGGCAGUAAGUUUUUUUUUUUCUGGUGAUAACUAUGAGUAAGUUUUUUUUUCUGGUGAUAACUAUGAGUAGGUUCUUGCAGCAGUAAGCUGUGUUUCUAGUUCAUUAUCUUCUGAAACAAAGUAAGUUAUGGAAGACAGGCCAUUUCCUCCUUUAGUGUA